CGUGGCAUCCUUCUGUCAAAAUGGCUGCCGACGACGCGUUCUUUUAACAUUUUCUCCCCUAAGUUGACUCUAUGGUGAAUAUUCGGAAGGAAAGUCGCUGGACGACAUUUUUCGGUUCUUUUUUUAAUGUAGUGCGGAUUUGAGGCUAUAAAAUGAGCGGAUGGGCGGGAUUUUCCGAAGCUGAGCUGCGGAGAUUGCAGCAGAACGGUCAAGAAUCCGCGAUCAUGCGCAAACCGAGACCUGCCAGUCGGAGUCUCCAGCAAAGGCAACGGGAGAGAAAAUUGCAUCAAGUCGUGGAAAUAAGUGCUGGAUUGUCUUCUAAUGGCCUACCGCCGGACCAGCAGCUCAAUAAGCAGCCAGUGGAGGACGACCACGUCGCUCCGGCAGCUCUCCAAAAAGAAGCAACAACACAUGAAAAGUGUAAAGAAGAUGUCGAGGAACCACUUCCGGUUGUGAAGGAGCUGGACCUCCAACAGAUUCAACUCCGAGACAAGACUCGUCUGGAGCAACUGCAACAGGAACAAAAGACGAUGGAAGAGCAGAAUAAGCGUAAGAAGGCUCUGCUGGCUAAAACCAUCGCUGAGAAGUCCAAACAAACUCAGGCUGAGGCCGUGAAGCUGAAGAGGAUCCAGAAGGAGCUGCAAACCCUUGAUGACAUGGUUUCUAACGACGUGGGCAUUCUAAGAGGAAAGAUAGAGCAAGCCAGCUGGGACUACACGGCCGCCAGAAAGCGCUACGAGAAGGCGGAGACGGAGUACGUGAUGGCCAAGUUAGACCUCCACAAGAAGUCGGACGUAAAGGAGCAGCUGACGGAGCACCUCUGCGCCAUCAUACAACAAAACGAGCUGCGCAAAGCCCUCAAGCUGGAGGAACUGAUGCAUCAACUGCAGCUUCAGGCCACCGAGGAGGAGCUGGAAAGGCAGAGGCUGGAAGAAGAGAAGACGUUGGCGUCGCAGAGCCAUGAGAAGGAGGAGCAGGAAGAGGAGACAGAGUCACAGAAACACGGGCAGGAGGAGAACGGUCUCACGCAGAGUCCGGAGGUCACAGUGCAGUGUGGACCCUUAGAGGAUGAACGUCAGGGGAAGGGUGGCGGUGUCCCACCAGAGCGCCAACCUGUGAAUGAAACGCCCCCUGAGCAAGAUGUAAAAGUAGUACCGACGUGACAUAGUGUGGAAUUUGUAUGGUAGCUUUAUUCGAACAACGAGACCAGAAAUCCACAAAAGGUAACAUUCAUUCAUUUUCUACCGCUUUCCCUCACAAGGGUCGCGAGGGGUGCUGGAGCCUAUCCUAGCUGUCUUUUGGCGAGAGGCGGGGUCACACUCACAUUCAUACCUACGGACAAUUUGGAGUUGAUAAUUAACUUAGCAUGUUUUUGGAAUGUGUUAGUGUUCGUACAAAGAACACUAAACUCACCACACACCAACUUAACACUCAAGAGGUAUAAUUAUGAAACCAGCUCAACCGAAUCAUUCAUUUAUUCCUCACAAGGGUCGCGGGGGUGCUGGAGCCUAUCCCAGCUGUCUUCGGGCGAGAGGCGGGGUACACCCUGGACUGGUCGCCAGCCAAUCACAGGGCACAUAUAGACAAACAACCAUUCACAAUCACAUUCAUACCUAUGGACAAUUUGGAGUCGAUAAUUAACCUAGCAUGUUUUUGGAAUGUGUUAGUGUUCGUACAAAGAACACUAAACUCAUCACACACCAACUUAACACUCAAGAGGUAUAAUUAUGAAACCAGCUCAACCGAAUCAUUCAUUUUUUCCUCACGAGGGUCGGGGGGGGUGGGUGCUGGAGCCUAUCCCAGCAGUCUUCAGGGCGAGAGGCGGGGUACACCCUGGACUGGUGGCGAGCCAAUCACAGGGCACAUAUAGACAAACAACCAUUCACACUCACAUUCAUACCUAUGGACAAUUUGGAGUUAGCUAAUUAACCUAGCAUGUUUUUUUGGAAUGUGGGAGGAAACCGGAGUACCCGGAGAACAUGCAAAGAGAUGGCCGAGGGUGGAAUUGAACCCUAGUCUCCUAGCUGUGAGGUCUGUGUGCAAACCACUCGUCCACCGUGCAGCCUAGAAAGUAACAUUAAAUGUUAAAUUAAUUAGUAUUUGAUUGACGGAAACCCAAAGCAAAAUGGGACGGGGUCGAAAACCGUCAUGGCAAACACAGAUGAUGUUGUUGAGCGCCAUUUUGGGUCUCAUGUGACCCAGCCUCUCUGCCUUGUGUGAGUCAUUGAAAUGUUCAGGUGGGUCUUCCUGAUUAGGGGGGCCCUUAAGGGGGCGCUGCAGGGUAUCAGUCUAAUACAACACAGUGUCCGUCUGUUAGAAUACGAUGUAGUGUUGGGAUGCUUUAAUUUUGGGUUGGUACAAGUGUAGGUGAAUAUGGGUGAAUAUGGAAUAUGGCAAUAAUAAUUAGCUGUCAAUCAGGUGGUAUGUACGGUAAGGAGGCGAUGCACGCUGCACUUUUGGGCUUCCUCGGCCAAGUCAUUGGUAAUGACUUAAGUAAGCGCUCACACCAGCCGCCAUCUUGACAAAAACGACAUCCAUCUGAGCACUUAUAUUGUAUGUGCGUACAAAGUACAUAGUACAUACAUAGCUGUACUGUAUAUUUACAUGUUGUACCCAGGGAAUGUUUCCUUAUCCAAGCAUUAUUUAUGAUAGCUUUACAAUGUUACAAUCAAUAACAUUUUUUAAUAAAGUGUUCAAUAUUCUUAAUAUCUGAAAUUGACAACUUUUUUUCUCGUAAAUGUACAACUUGUAAAUUGAAAACAAUUAUUAGAAUAUUUCUAAAAAAAAUUCAGAUUAUUGUAAUAUUCCUGUGUAACAGUCAAUUUUAUUCUUGUAAUAUUACCUCUUUUUUACUCAUUAAUUUACUCAAU